UUCAAACAAGAGAUUAAACUGUCUGCUUUUUUGCAAUGUUUGCAGAUAAUAUUUUUGGCGUUUUCAACGGAAGAUAAGACCUUGCUAAAUAUUAUAUUUUUUUUCCAGAGGACUUUGAAAUGGUCGUAUUUAUUUUUUUUUUUUUGCAAAAAAACUUUUUUUUGCUUGCUUAUUAUAAAUGGUUUUUCUAAGAAGUGUGUUGCAAUUCUAUGACUGAAGAAUUUUAAAUUAACCCAGCAUUUAGCAAUCAAAAACUAGUCAUGGCAAUUUAGCAGAACUGUAGUCAGGGUAAGAUUGAAUGUUAUCCAAAAAACAAAACGCACUGGUCUAUUUUUUGAAAAUCAAAACCCAAAAAAAUGUGAUCAAAUUGAUUAUUUUAGAUUUUUUGACAAACUGUACAAUACUAUAAUAAGUAAUUAUCAAUGAUCAAUAUUUUUAAAUUUUGAAGUUUUCUGAGGUAAAAGACACGCUUUUUUUCAAAGUAAAGUAAAUCUUUCCCAGUUCCUGAGGGGAACACCCUUGAAGAGUAUCGGGGCCGGCAUUUACAAAGCGGAUUCAGUGGCAGUUUCAUUCUCAACUUAAUGUUAACAUGUUGAGGUUAAUGUUAACAUUCCAUAGGUCGCCUCCCUAAGGUGUCGUGAUAAGGUCCAGUUUGUGACGAUACACUACCUUCCCUUUACUAAGCAAUCGAUUCCAGAAAGGAAAAGAUCCCCAGUUGUGUUGGUCCGAGCCGGGAUUUGAACCCCGAUCUACCGCUUACGAGGCGGAAGCGUUACCACUGGGCUACGUGGCUCGGUAAUUUUUUUCAAAGCCCUCGUAAAAAUUUCACUUUGAUAUUCAAAUCUUCAGAUAAUCGAAUCGCAUUUUUUGACAUUGUCUUGUUUUAAGUCGUUGAGUUCAAAUAUGACCCCAAAAAUGUUCUAAAGUGAUUUGGAAACAUUGGAUGAUCGAGUCUGGACUGUACAACAUGAUUAUGUUUAAACGUGUAACUACACACUACGAAAAAAUCGUGUAAUUUUCCGUUAAAUUAGAUGCACAUAAUUGGAGCAUCAAAUAAGAUGUAAAAUUACGUCAAAUUUUAAAUUACACGAUCCAACCCACCAAUCGAGGUCGUGUAAAAUUACAUCUAACGCAAUUUUGGUGGGACGAAACUCUUAUUGGAAAUGUCAGAUUCUUGUAAGACAAUCAAACACAUGUUUAGCUUGACCAAAAUCGAUGUUUUUUUAUUAAAUACACAAUUGAGGAGAAAAUCUCCAGUCACAGCUACUUCCACGAUUUUCAAUAUGGCUGUCACUUUUUUGCACAACACAUUCGGCAAACGUGGAACGAAAAAGGUGCGUGUUAUUCUGUUUCAUCUGAUGUAAUAUUACAUCUAAAAACACGCUCCAGAUAUGUGCAUCAAAUUAAAUGUAAUAUUAGGUUAAACUUUAUGCUUUAUUAGAUUUCGCAUAAUGUAAUGUUUGGCAAAGGCAUGACAGUGUAAAUUUAGCCUUAUUACGGCUAAACAAAAAUAAUUUUAGAUCAAAUUCUCAUUUACAUGAACAAAUAUUACGUCAAAUGAACGCUUCCAUUAAAUUUUUUAGUGUGUAGAGGGUGACGAUUUCCUGAAAUUGAGAGUUAAAUUUUGCUAUUUAUAUUUGAAAUGUAUUGAAUAAUUACAUUUGAUUAACUUAAUUUACAAUGAAGACAUAGCUAUUCAAUGAAUCGUUGUGUUUUUAUUAUUUUGAGGUAAAUAAAUACUAUUUCAACUCUUCGAAAACGCUAUCUUAAUCUGCAAAUAGAAGAUGAUUUGUUGAGUUUUUAUUGACUAAAAUCUGUAGUGUACGUUAACGAUUUAAACAUUUAAACGUUUAUCGUUUACGAUUUUUCAUUCGCGCUGAGUAACUUUUCCAAGGUUUAAUACAUCUAUCUGUAUCCUGGUUGCUUGAAAUUAAAUGAAAUUAAAUUUUAUUUUAAGUAAAACAAAUGCAUCAAUAUUAUUAUUUAAGUCCUUGACCAUGACUCUGAGGUCCAUUUUUCGAUAUAUCAUGAAGGAGGAGCGGUACGACCCCUUUCAUUUUUCAUUUUUUUUUCAAGAUUUAUCUGAAUUUUACGAGAAAAAUAAAAAAGUGGUGAUGAUUUUGCACAUUUUGGACAAGUAUUUCGCAGAUUUCACCCCUAAAUCUCUAUCUUGUGCUUUUGAAAGUAUUUUUUUUUUUCAAAAAGUUCAGCUAAUUAUGUAUUACAAUGAUCCUAUGGACGAUUGAUGUGGCUUGUGCAUUACUAGAAUAAGGGGAUCUCUUAAAAAAAAUGUGGAGAAGGUCUUAUAAUUUUUAAACAUUAACCAGACUGUUUUUUUAAAGCUCAACUCAUCUCAUCUCUGUGAUUAAUUUUCUUUUAUUUUUAUUCAAUAUUUCAAAACCAAUCAAAUUAUUCGCUCUACAGCAUUGCCUUGGCGUUCUCGAUUGCGAGAUUCUUACUCGAAACUAGGUGUUGGAAGGCUUGAUUGUUGAGGCAAUUGCAAACCUCUUUUUACACCUUAGCUUCCAUCCACCCCGGGAUUCGAACUGACGACCUUUGGAUUGUUAGUCCAACUGCCUACCAGCGACUACAACGAGACAGGACCCAGGGAGACGACUCCUACACCUGGACUGAGCUAACGACCUGACCUUUUUAGGUUAGUCCGGGCCAACAUUCACUUCCCGUCCGAAGGAAGGCGUAAUCAGACAAAUCUCGUCUCGAAAAAUGCCACCGGGACCGUCUGGGAUCGAACCCAGGCCGACUGGGUGAGGUAUCAAAUUUCCCAAGACUCUCUGUAAUCGAGAGGUUAAAAAAUUGUCGAUUUACCGGGAAUUCCCGUUCGUAUAACGAUUAAUGUCGGGUUUAAUACUUCUGACACGUGGUUUAUAUUGAAAUACUCUACACAGUAAAAAAUAAUGUAAAUUUGGAAGCUGUAAUUUUGGAAGGUUGAAUAUUACCUCUUUUAUGAUGUAAUUUUACCUCAAUUUAGACUGAAAAAGUGACAUUACACCAGAAAAGUGGUAAAAUUACACAUUUCCAGAGGUAAAAUUGAACCCCUUUUUGAUGACAUAAAAGAUGUACCCCUUCCCAGAUGUAAUAUUACCAUGAUUUUUUUUUCUGUGUACCAAAAAUCAAUUUAAUAUUCCUGUUUUGGUAACUAUGAAACCCUUUAAACAGAUUAUAUUUAAAUUUUCAUAGCUAUGAACUCAAUAGAGCCUCUGGCUACGGGCCUGCAUCCUUCAACGCGGGUUGACAACACAUUUCAAGGACUUGAAAAACAAGCAUCUUCUAGAUUUGACUGCAAUCCAAAUAAACGGGUACAGCUGCAACUCUGCCGGUAUAAAAGUGUGUUGCUAAGGUAGGAUUAUUUACAGUUCAAAAUCACGUUCCUAAAGAAUGCCCAGCAACGUCGUUCUUUUUGUAUUUGCGGUAGUGGUAUUCUUAUAGUCCAUAAGUGCUGUGGAAUUUCCUGGCAUAGCCGUGAAGUCUCCGUAUUCCAUCACAACCUUCAGUUCUCCACUUCCACAGACAUGUGAUCCCUCUGGAAUCUAUACCGUAUGUACUACGUGUAGCUCGACAAUGGUUUGUAUUCAAGGGGACAUGACGCGAAAAUCUUGUCCGUUGGAUAAACCAUACUGCAACAAGAACGUAUGCUCAACUACUAUUAGCUCGGAGAACGGGUGUACUCCGGAACCUCUAAAAUGCACCGGAAUCGGAUUCUACCCAGAUCCCAAGGCUACCACUACUGUGAAGCUGUCGGGGAACCCUCCACCGCGUACGACUGUCAACCCAACAACGUGUUCAACGCGGCCACCCACAUGUGCAAGCAGAAGAAGCUGGCCGCGGAUUGCGUAACCGUAACGUGCGACCCGGGCAAAAUCUUCCAGGCUUACGGCACCAGCAAGACGUACUUUGCCUUCUGUUCGGGAUCUGAAAUUGAGAUGCUCAAGUGUGACACCAACUAUGCGUUCAACGGGUCCGGGUGCGUGUUCCAGUGUCCGAAGGAGGGCAACUUUGCGCACCAUGAUCCAAAGAAGUUCUACGAGUGUGUUUACAGCGGUACCAAACUGGUGGCGAUGGAGAUUCCCUGUCCGGGGGGGAAAUAUUUCGACGCGGUGAUUGGUAUUUGCCUGACUCCAAGUGAUUGAUGGUGGAUGGAAGAAUUACGAGUUUGUAAAAAAUGUAUUUCUUUGUAUUGACAUUGUAAAAGUAAGUUAAUUUUGUUGGCCUCAACACACACCGGAAAUCUUGUACCAAAGUCACUUUUCAACACAAAUAAUAAAAUUAUUUAAAUUUGUA